UUUACAAUUAUUAACCAAAGGCUUUCUAAAUAUAAUUUUUUUUAUCAAUUUCGUGACAUAACCUCAAAAAUAAAGUUUAUUACCGCGAUAAUAGUCUUUUUUUAUUUAAGUACGAUAGAAAAAAAGUAUUUGAUUUAUUUUUUCUAAUGACUUCACGUCCAACGAUAAUAUGUUUCAAGCACUGUUCGGAAAAAUCGAUUUUUUGCAAUCAAGUACCACUUUUAUGUCCACUUUGUAAAAAGUUAAUUGUCACUUUUACCUUGGAACCUUUUCAAAUUCCGUAUCCAUUUAUAAACGCAAAUCAAAAUCCGACAAGUAUUGUUUUAAGACCAUCGUACGGGGAUUUUCUUCACGAUUUCAAUAUAAAUCAGGAUUUACAUAUCGGAAUUGUAGAUUCGAAUUGUCAAAUUUUUGAAUUCGAUAAACGUGGUUUAAUAAAAAAUGAUUUUACAAAGUGGACCAAUUGUGUUGCAUUGAAAUUAAUUCCCGAAUCGUGGGAAUCACAUUGGGACGAAACACUCGAAAUUAUUGUCAAUAAUACAAAAUGGAAUAUAAAGAAUUAUCAUGAAAUUUCAAUGAAUUGUUUUAAUUUUAUUAUUGAAUUUCUGGAAAUUUUGAAAUUUGAAGACAUUCAAUUUAUGAAUAAAGAAGAAAUGUGUGAAACUUUCAUUUUACCGAAACUUCAAGAAGCUAUUAGAUAUAUUUCAUUGUACAGAAAAUUAAUGAAUGAUAAUUACUUCAUACAGGAUUAAUUUUUAGAAAAAUAUUUUUUUGUUAAUAUUUUAAUUAAAGAUAAAUGAUUUUUUAGAUUAUUGAAAAUU